GGAGGGGCGAGAGGGAAUCCCAGGGAACAUUAGAGAUAUCGCAUUAUUGCUUUUCGCUUUGGUCGCUGCAUCUGUUUCCCAAGAAGUUAAGAUGAAAAAAAAAAAAAAAACUGGGAAUGAAUGAAAGAAGAGAGUGAACUGAAUAUGUGUUUGUAGGAGGAGGCGCUAAAUGUGUACGGGAGAAAACAAGCAGAGCUGCAGCGAAUCAGCAGCAGCCCAGCGGAGGAGCUCAGUGAGAGCAAGCAGUGAAGCUCCUAUACGAUGCUUUCUUAAUGAGUUAGAACUGUUUUCGCUUUGGACAUGUCGCUCUUUGUGUUCAGAGGUGAAGACUCGCUGGCACAUCGUUGGCUCUGAUAAAAGAAAAGCGGAUGAACUUUGAUUCGGACGAUCCUACGUGAAAACUGGGUGUUUAUUGUGAGGGGACCGUGGAGGCCUUUCUGACGCCCAGCUGGACAGCACCAAAGCCCGCAGACCUUCUGGCAAGAUGUCAAGGAUGCUCCGAGAACAGAAGGAUCUCUGAGCGCGUAGAGGGCAGCGUGUCAGUCUGCAGAAAGGAGACAGGGCGCAGAUCGCAAACUAAGCCGAAGGGGUCUGCAUUGUCGCUUUGUUAGGAGAGAUUUGUUUUCUACUAGAGACAGAGAGAGAAUGGCAUCGCUUGAUAUGUGCGUGUACCCGCGGAUUUCCUCUACGUGACCCUGGUCUCGUUCGGAGUGCGUCAGGACUCCCCCGCCGUUGGUUCGGGCAGAUCGGAUGCUGACGCCCUGCUUUCUCAAAGAAACAUAUCAGUUAAGGGUCAAAGGAUUGAUUUAGUAAGGUGAACCCCUGCUCAUUUCAUUUCGCCAUGGAUGACUCGGGAAUAAUAAGGCGUCGCAGGCUGCAGGACUUGCCGCUGCCUCGCAAAAACAGCAGUUGCCGCACGACCAACAGGAAGAGUCUGAUCCUGACGACCACUUCUCCCACAUUGCCUCGCCCUCACUCCCCCCUUCCCCUCCCAGGACACCUCGGAAGCAGCCCACUGGACAGCCCCAGAAACUUCUCCCCAGGCAACCCUGCACACUUCUCAUUCGCCUCCUCUAGAAGAGCGGAUGGGAGGAGAUGGUCUUUAGCAUCUUUACCCUCCUCUGGAUAUGGCACUAACACUCCCAGCUCAACGGUAAGAACCUUUUCUCUUACCUAAUUCAUUACAUUAGCAUUUCAGCCAUCAUGGCGCAUGUUACACUGUCUCUCUAAGUCUUUUGUAUCAACCGUUUCAUUAGCUCGUUCACAUAGAAGAUCACCCUACACAAUGCAUCCCAUUUUUACCUCUUACAGCCCGGGACGCUCUUCCUCCUGCUAUGACAAUGAGAUCGUCAUGAUGAACCAUGUGUACAAAGAACGUUUUCCAAAGGCCACAGCACAGAUGGAGGAGAGGCUGGCUGAGUUCACCCAGGCCUUCUCAUCCGAGAGAGAUCUUCCACUGGCCGACGGAGUCCUCAGCUUCAUCCAUCAUCAGAUAGCUGAGCUGGCCAGAGACUGCUUGGCCAAAUCACGCGAGGGCCUCAUCACUUCUGUCUAUUUCUUUGAACUACAGGAGAAUCUUGAGAAGCUGCUUCAUGACGCCUUUAAGCGCUCUGAAAGCUCUGAAGUAGCCUUUGUCACAGAGCUGGUGAAAAAGCUUCUAAUCAUCAUUUCCCGACCUGCGAGGCUCUUAGAGUGUCUGGAGUUUAAUCCAGAGGAGUUUUACCAUCUACUGGAAGCAGCAGAGGACCAUGCCAAGGAGGGUCAUCUUAUGAAAACUGACAUUCCACGUUACAUCAUCAGCCAGCUGGGACUGACAAGAGAUCCAAUAGAAGAUAUGGUGAACCUGGAAAGUUACGACAGUGAGGGACCAUUAACACCUGAAACAGACGACUCGACAGAGGGAAAGAUCAGAUCAAUAAAACCACCAGGAGAAGCAGACUUCCAGACCAUCAAGCUGAUCAGUAACGGAGCAUAUGGGGCUGUGUACUUGGUGCGUCAUUUGGAGACACGCCAACGGUUUGCCAUGAAGAAGAUCAACAAGCAAAACCUGAUCCUGAGGAACCAAAUCCAGCAAGCCUUUGUGGAAAGGGACAUACUCACUUUUGCAGAAAAUCCCUUUGUUGUUUCCAUGUUCUGUUCCUUCGAAACCCGCCGUCACCUCUGCAUGGUCAUGGAGUACGUGGAAGGAGGGGACUGUGCCACUUUGCUGAAAAAUAUUGGGGCUCUGCCUGUGGAAAUGACACGCAUGUACUUUGCAGAGACUGUCCUUGCACUGGAGUACCUACACAACUAUGGCAUCGUGCAUCGAGACCUGAAGCCUGACAACCUCCUAAUAACGUCAAUGGGACACAUCAAACUGACUGACUUUGGUCUGUCUAAGAUAGGACUGAUGAGUCUGACCACCAACUUGUAUGAAGGACACAUAGAAAAGGAUACACGGGAGUUUUUGGAUAAACAGGUGUGUGGAACUCCAGAGUAUAUUGCUCCGGAGGUGAUUCUCCGUCAGGGUUAUGGGAAGCCAGUGGACUGGUGGGCUAUGGGCAUCAUCCUGUAUGAGUUUCUGGUUGGUUGUGUGCCUUUCUUUGGAGAUACUCCAGAGGAGCUCUUUGGACAAGUCAUCACAGAUGACAUAGUGUGGCCAGAAGGAGACGAGGCUCUUCCUGUGGAUGCCCAGCACCUGAUCUCCUCUCUGCUGCAGACAAACCCUCUGGUGCGACUGGGCACAGGUGGUGCUUUUGAAGUCAAGCAGCACUCGUUCUUUGCAGAGGUGGACUGGAACAGCCUGUUGAGACAGAAAGCAGAGUUCAUCCCUCAUCUAGAGUCAGAAGAAGACACCAGUUAUUUUGACACCCGGUCUGAGCGCUACCAUCACGUGCAGUCAUACGACGAAGACAACACCAACGACGAUGAACCAGUGGAGAUCCAUCGCUUCUCAUCCUGCUCCCCUCGCUUCAGCAAGGUGUAUAGCAGUAUGGAGCAUCUGUCCCAGCUGGAGCAUAAAGCCCACACUGUGACUCUACGAGAGCAUAAGGUCCCCCGAGAGGACCGGGUAACCAAGAGAGAAAGCUUGGGAAGUGUCACCCUACGAGAAAAGAACUGGAGGACAAGUUCACCAGAAAUGAAACGACUGUCCUGCUCAGAGUCCUUCUUCACUGAAAGUGACUCUAGCCCACCGUCUGGGGCCCGCCGGCGCUUCUCCGCCCUGAUGGACAUGAGCCGCUUUGCCUCACCUCAGGAGCUGGAAAUCGAGCCGCCUGGUCUAGGUAAGCAGCCUCCUGUUAAGACCAGAGGCGCUUCCCUGGAAGGAGCUGUCCCCUCUCAUGGAGACCUAAGAACGUUCUUUAAAGAUGGUAAUAGCCACACAGCAGCAGACAAGCUUUUGAGACCUGCUGAAGCAUCAUUGCCACUGCCAGGCAGUCUGGGACUUCAUGAUCUCCAGGGGCCCCGUGGGGCCACUACAGACCUGGUGUUGCGGAGGGUCCGACACCAGCAGCUCUCGUCUGAAGGAGAUAAGAGUAACUCACGACCAGGAACUAAAGUCAUAAAAUCUGCUUCAGCUACUGCUUUGUCGGUCAUCAUUCCAGCAGUGGAGCAACAUGGUGCCUCCCCACUGCCCAGCCCCAUGUCUCCUCGCUCCCUCUCGUCUAACCCCUCUUCCCGUGACUCCUCUCCAAGCAGAGAUUUCUGUCCCAUGGUGAAUGUCCUGCACUCUCCUAUCACCAUCCACCGCUCCGGGAAGAAGUAUGGUUUUACCCUUCGAGCGAUCCGAGUCUACAUAGGAGACAGUGAUGUUUACAGCGUGCAUCACGUGGUCUGGCAUGUUGAGGAUGGAGGUCCUGCUCAGGAGGCUGGACUGAAAGCUGAGCACCUUAUCACUCACGUAAACGGGGAGUCAGUCCAUGGUCUUGUCCAUACAGAAGUAGUGGAGCUCAUCCUGAAGAGUGAAAACAAAGUUACAGUAACAACCACUCCCUUUGAGAACACCUCCAUAAAAGUGGGUCCUGCCCGCAAGACCAGCUACAAAUGUAAAAUGGCGCGUCGCAGCAAAAGGACGGGAGUCAAGGAAGGACAAGAUAAGAAACGCAGCUCACUGUUCAGGAAAAUCACAAAGCAGUCCAACCUGCUCCACACCAGCCGGAGCCUCUCCUCCUUGAAUCGUUCACUUUCUUCUGGAGACAGUCUGCCAGGAUCCCCCACCCACAGCUUUGCUGCCCGCUCCCCCACGCAGAGUUACCGCUCAGCUCUCGAAUCCCCUUAUCUGGGUACAUCAUCCCAGAGCAGUUCUCCGGCAUCAAGCACUCCCAACUCCCCAGCGACCUCCCACCACAUGAGGCCCAGCUCCCUGCAUGGCCUGUCCCCCAAACUUCACCGGCAGUACCGCUCUGCACGCUGCAAAUCCGCUGGUAACAUCCCACUCUCCCCGCUGGCUCACACCCCGUCCCCGACCACCUCUUCCCCUCCGUCUCUUACAGGCCACACGGUGGGGAGCUCCAACACCACCCAAAUGUUUCCCGCCAAGCUGCACUCCUCACCUCCAGUUGCCCGCCCUCAUCCCAAGAGUGCUGAGCCACCUAGGUCCCCCUUGCUGCAGCGGGUACAGUCUGCAGAAAAGCUAGGUGCGCCCAUCCUACCUUCCUCCUCUUCAUCAUCUUCGUCACCUUCCCCUUUGACAGGAGGGGUGUCUUUGCGCAAGCAUAGCUUGGAGGUAUCUCAUGGGGACUACAGGAGAGAGUCCUUCCACUGUGAACACAGUCUGCAAAGUUUGCUGGAGAUAGAAGGAGAGAACGGACCUGCUCCACCCUCUCCGUCCUCGUCUUCCUCCCCUUCUCCUCCUAUGGGAGCAGAGAUUGGAGGCCUUAACCAUGUGAGGAGGCUGGGGAGGCAGGAGUCAGUGCUCAGCAGAGACACACUUGUGACAGCAAAGGAGAAAGAUGUUAUAACAUCAGCAUCUAAGCUCUCUGGGUCGCAAAAUGUAAAUGCAGUUGCCCCAGCAGAGUCUAAGACCAAUGCUGAUACAAGCAAGGCACCACUCAAAGAGGUUGCAAGGAGUAAUGGGAGUAUGAAUACAGCUGAAAUAAAGUCUAUUACUUUAUCUGCUGACAUGACAGCAGUAACUGGGAUUAAAUAUUCAAGUGCAAAGGCAUCAGCCUCAGAGGGAACAGGCUUUCAGACCAAAGCAAGUGAGAACAUUUCAUCUGCAGGUACAUCCAAGAGCCCACAACAAGACACCAAGCAGCAGAGUGCACAGACAGAAGAGGGUCAUGCUACUAAAGCUCAGGAGAAGACAGAAGAAAAAGAAAAAGGCACUGUAGCCGUAGAAAAGGUAAACUUGCAGAAAACACCAAUCACUGAGCACUGCAAGCAGCAUAAAGGCUCGGAGACCAGAGAUAAAGGAGGCAUCUUUGAAAGUGUUAGGGCAACUGAACCAUCAAAGGCCAAAGUACCUCCAUCCCCUGUUCCACCCCUGUUUCAAACAAACCCUGCACCCAGGCACAGAGCGGAGAGGUCAAUGAACAGCAGCCGUGGGACCAAAGAGGGCAAGAUGCAGAUGGACGUCCUGGAGGAAAACCCAGUAUCUCCUUCCUCAAAUGCAGCCUCUCCCUGCUCAAACAAGUCCCGGGCCAUGUCUCCAGGGGACAAGGCCAGCUUCGUCACCCAGCUCACAAGUGUAGCUAAAACAGUGCUGGGACCCAUGAAAGGAGGGUCUCAAGAGGGUGGCAAGGUGAAAGACACCUCAAAGUCAAAUGAGGAGAAGAAAGGAAGCACAGCUCUGAAAGCAGAGGCCUCAUCAACGGGGGUCCGCCGGGGGGCUCAUGGUUCCACUGUUCACUCUGACAAAGGUAACAGCCGGAGCUCUAAACAUCACUCAUGAUGCAAAAGCUUCAGAAACACUAAGACUGUCCCAUGUAAUGCCUUUAAUUGUAGCAUCAGACUGACAUAUCAUAUGAAUUUGUAUGUGGCAAAGAUAAAAAUUUCUGAACAAAAAAAACACAUCAAAAAGAAGUAGAAAAGAUGUCAGCAACGAUCAGCUACUGUUGUGAAAUGUGCACAUAGUGUCCUGAUGUAGACCUGUGUAAUACUGUAUGCUCAUUUCAACAUGUUGAGUAUAAUGUAAAAAAGUCAUAUGUCUCCAUGCAUGUCUGAUUAUAGAGAAUGACAGACUAUUUAAAAAGAUGAAAAAUAUACUGCAGACAUUGAGAUAGAAAACACUGUGAACAACCUUUCAACUUGACAAGCAGAAUUUAGACUGUGUAAAGUGGGAUUCUGUUAGAAAAAGGCGUUACUUACAUUUCAGCUCAGUUGUAGGGAAGGUAUUUAGAUGCUGUAUUUAUUUGAAGUUCAGGUACUAAAAAGUGUCACCAAGAGCGUGCGUUUUCAUGUAUGACACAAAGACGAUAACAGUGACUUGCAAAAUGCCCCUUGAGCUUUUUCUUUGUGGCACUAGAGGCAUUUAUUUUUCAAUUUUUUCCACAGUAGGUAGACAGGAAAGAGGGAAAAGAGAGGGGGAGACAUUCGGCAAAGGUCGCCAGGUCCACCAGCACCGCACCCCGCCCCUUGAGCUUUUUCAUGGCGGUUUUUGGCAGUUUUCUGCCAUCCAGGGAUUAUUUCUUUUUAGCUUUUGCUGCAUGUUUAAGAUCAUUGUCCUGCUGGAAGGUGAACCUCUGCCCCAGUCUCCAGUGUUUUUCAGCAUCAAACUGAUUUCCAUCUUCUUAUUAACUCUGAUCAGAUUCCCUGUUCCUGCUGACAAGAAAAUUCCCUCAGCAUGAUGCUACCCCCUCCAUACUUCACCAUGUUGGUGGCAACAUUAUGUAGUUUGGAUGGUGUGUUCAGAGUGAUGUGCAGUGUUAGUUUUUCCCUGAUGCAUACCAUUUUGCAUGCUGGCCAAAAAGUAGAAUUUGGUUUCAUCUGGCCAGAGCACCUUCAUCCACAUGUUGUUGUUGAAGGUUGUGUUUCCCCUCCAAAGCUUGUAGUAAAUCAAACUUGCUACUCUUUCAUAAAGGCUAGAUAAGUAGAGUGCACAACUAAUAGCUGUUUUGACAGUAGAUUUUCCCACUUGAUUUGUAAAUGUACAGCUCCUCCAGAGAUUUACAAUGGCCGUGCAGUUUGGCCCAAAAUUGUUCAUACUCCUGAGAGAUUUAGGUUUAAAUUCAUACGUUUUAUUUAGCCAACAAGUUUCUUUUAUUUGGAAGUAAUAUUCAUUUUGGACAGGUCCAGUUAGAGUCAGGGGUCAGGGUUGAAUUUGCAAGAGAAUGUGGAGGGAGCUUAAAAGAGUAGGGUGAUGGCAAGGAGACCUUCCAACCUUAAAGAGUUGGAGCUCAUCACCACAGAUAAACCAUACAUUACAAUUUGUAGUUGUAACGUCACAAAAGGUUCAAGGGGUAUUAAUGCUUUUGUAGUGCACUGUCAUUUUACACUGUUUGUUUAGGUAGUUAAUGGUGUCACGAAUAUAGUGAUUUUUCCUGUAUGAUGCGCUGAGGAUUCACCGUACACAGUAGACACUGAACCAAGAAACCAAAAUGCUUGCAGUGAUACAGUUGAAGGAUGGACCAGAUAGUUUCCCUCAGAUCUCUUAAAGGGCUGACUAAGAGUGAUUAUUAGAGGAAGUUGCACAGGGACACUAUGCAAUGGUGCUGCCAAUGCCACUUUUUUUCCUGUCUUUUUGUGUGUCCCGGGUUUCUAGGUUUACAUUGUGCUCCAGGCAAAUACAGAAAAAAAUGCAUAAAGCUAAAGUCAAGCAGACAUGUUAUUUUAUUUUAAAAGUUGUCUCUACAUAUUAUAGUGAUAUGUGCAAUUGUAUAUUUUAGACUAAAAUGUAUAUAAUAUGUUUGUUCAGAGAGAGGUAGCAAGUAAAUAUGCACAUGGAAAGUAGCACUUGGAUGAGAGUGAGAUGAGACUUCAGUUAGUCUUUUACAUUUAUGCAAAAGGACAGUUAAUUGUAUCACAUUAGGUGAAACAGGAAGUGGCAGUGUUUUUAUUUAAGGGUCAUUUGAUCAUCUUUGUUGCUGUUUUUCACAUAAAAAUGUUGAACAAUAUGCAAUCCAUCAGUGCCCAGCCCUGUAACACUGAGCAUCACUGUCUGUCAAAACAUAUUAGGCUAAAUCGAAAAGCCUGGAGCAGAGUUGUUGAGAGUACCUUAGUGGUGAAGUCUUGUUUGUUGUCUUGUGUUAUAAAUCUAUUGUCCUGAUACUAGGUAACAGCCUUGUCUGAGACUGCCACCUUGUGGACAACAUGACAUAGCACCAGAACUUUCAUGGUACACAGGAACAUUAGUAUCUGAUACCUUGAGCCCGAUGAUGUUUUUUGUGCAUAGUUUAUAGUUUUGAUGCAUAGACAAACAUGUUUACAUUCUAAUCUCUUAUGAUGUUGUAGUCCAUACAAUAAACACCAGUGUUUCAUGUGUGACCAAAUUGCACUCUGUGUUGUCUGACACACACACACGCAUAUAUAUAUAUA